CUUAUCACAUGAUGAUUUUUAUUCUAAUUAAUGCACGAUCACGUGAUCUUGUAAGAGAAGGGCCGCCAUUAUGAGUGGAUACGUUAUAGUUAGCAAGGAAGAGAAAGAAGGAGAGCAGUCUCAUGUUGUUGAAUUGCCUACAGAACCAGAUGGGACUCUUAUGCUUUCUGUGGUACAGUCUCAAUUUGAAGGGGCCACGGGACUGAAAUACAAGAACCCUGAAUCAGGUUCUUGGCGUGCCGUACGUGUGUCUGAUAAUGUUCUUCACCCUCCCGAGUCUGGGUGGGGUCGUUUGACGUUCGUAGUAGUAGGGUCAGUGAAAGAACAAGAGAGUGGAGAGAGAGAGGGUAUCCGAGGUCCAAGAGGGAUGGCUGGUCAGAAGAGAAGCCAUCAUGAUGAUGCUUAUUAUUCUGCCAAGGCUUUACGUCAAUCGAGCCAGUCUCCUCCAAGAUAUCAUCAAUCCUUUGGUCCAUCUGGUGAUCUCAUAGUCCUUGGGCUACGGUAUGAUGUCGAUGAGCAAGAAAUGAGAGACUAUUUUCAGCAUUUUGGAGAAGUUGAGCAAGUUGAGGUAAAACGUGAUCAUAAAUCUCACCAGUCUCGUGGAUUUGGCUUUUUACGGUUCAAGGACCCUGCUGUUCAGAGCAAGGUCAUGACUAUGAGUCACACAAUAAAAGGUCGGCGAUGUGAACUUCGCCCACCAAGAAAGAGUCCUGGUAGUCUGCCAUGCAAGUUUUUUAUUGGAUGUUUGCCUAGUGAUCCAGAGACAACGACUGAGGAGCUUCGUGCAUAUUUUAGUCAAUAUGGUUCUCUCUCCGAUGUUUAUAUACCAAAGCCAUACCGUGGGUUUGGUUUUGUGACAUUUCUUGAUGGUUAUGAUGCUCAAAGCAUGUACAAAGAGGUUCAUGUUCUUCGUAAUUCACGUCUAAAUGUCAGUAUUGCUGAGCCAAAGCCAGGUUCUAAAGGUGGCGAUUAUCGAGGGGCAUCCUCUUAUCAUACUUCAUAUGCUUCUUCUGCUACCCCAACUCAUGUUUAUGCAUACUCUUUAGUGCCUACAUCAAGCUCAGGAACACCAUAUUUACCAGCCGCUCAGUAUUAUGCAUAUCAAUCUGGCAGUGGGACUGCCACUCAACCAGCAUAUUUUAGUAGCUCUGCUAGUGGUCAGUAUAGCUCCAGCUACCAUAAGGAUUACAAUGCUGCUAUUAAAGGCCUGUUCACUCAAUAUUUGCCUAACAAUAGGUGCCCGAGACGCGUGGAAAUGGUCGUAUUGGUGAUCAUCCUGUGCAUCUUUCUUUUGCUUUGUCCAGUUACCGCUACCUACACAUGUGAGGAGAAUGGUGUAAGAAUAAAUGGUACAAAUUAUUCUCAAGCUGCCAAACUUAUUGUCUCACGCACAUGUGACUCAAGUAUUGAUAAUGUCACCGUAGUAGGGAGAAAUUCAGGUGACUGGGUGCAAUUUGACUAUGUAUGUGAUAAUGGAUCCACCAAAGUCAUUUAUGGACGUGGAGUUCAUGAGAGAAGUAAUUUUACAAGAGAGCUGGAAAAUCAUAGGCACUGUCCAUGGCAUGCAUGCAUUCAAGAUUAUAGGACAGGAACAUGGUAUAAUGUUGCAAAACAAAUCAAUGAAUGCAUAUAUACUUCAUCAGUGAUGCACUCAUCUGUAGUAACACAAUCGUCAGCAGCAUUUGUUUCAUCAUCUUUAAUUACUAAAGAAUCUAUUGCUCUCACGAGCACUAGUGGAGAAGUAAAACCUUCAAGUAGCAGCAGCAUACUUAGUAUGACAAGUAUUCCAGUGACACCAACUAUAAGCAGCACUUUUGAAGGACAAUCAAGUAACAGUGAUAUCUAUUCGUAUCUUGCUGUAAUUUUAAUGUUUUUACUACUGUUUGCAGCUGGGAGCAUUGGCUUAUUAAUAAUCAGUCUAUUUUUCAUUAAGAAAAAGACUAAAAAAUGGAAAAGGAAUAACAUUGUCAGUGAUAUGUGGCAGGAUGAACCUUUUGAUCUUUCAAUAGCAACUCUAAGUGCAUCUCCAUCCUUAGUUACUGUUUAUUGUGACCAAGAUACAAAUCUUAAUGCAUUGUCUGUUGAAAAGACUAAUGGUCAUGGGCAAGUAAUUGGCAUUAAAAACAGUUAUAUUGAAGACCAGGUAGUGUGAAAGCCUCAUUUGACAUUUGUUGAGUGACAUGCAUAACUAUGUAACUCACUUCCUGCCAAGCUGAACUCUUAUUGACUAGAGAUAUGACCUCAUCAUCACUUGUAUUAUUAUAGAACUAUAGUGAGUGGAACACUUAUCAUAUCAUUUUGUGGCAUAGCAUUUUUACAUUGGCAUUUGUUUUAUUGCAUAAACUGUUUUUGUUCAUGAUUUGUUUUGUUCUGAUUUUGA